GUCUUGUAGUGCACAAGAUUGAUCCAUCCUCCAUCAAGUUGCUCGGAAACAAAGUACAGGCCAAGCUCCUGUUUGCCAACGACCCAAAAGUCAAGCCGUUGCUUUUGGAGUUGGGUUUCUUCCUGAGCGAAGUGGAUGGCAAGUGUGGCAUUGUUCGCACCUACAUCACAGAGCAGGAGCCGCUCCACCCAAGGUUUCGCCUCACGCCGGGUGAUGUGGUCCGGAAAGAGGACGAGCUGUUGCCAGACAAGGUCUCCGUGAGCGAAGGAAGUGGCUCCACGGAGAUUUCGAGCUCAAGUGGUUCUUGCAAGGUCACCUUGCGGCAUUCUCCUUUCGAAGUUGAGUUUGCCAUGGAUGGUCAAGUCCUUCAGAAGCUCAAUUCCCGUCGCUUCUUCAACUUCGAGAGAUACCGGCCGAAGGGCUCGCACGAACAUGCUGGACUCGUGGAUGCCACGGACCUCGAUUCCAACAACUUGUUCGAGGAAAACUUCGGCGGACACAUGGACAGCAAGCCGCGGGGUCCUGCUGCUGUGGGCAUUGACGUCGCCUUCGAGGCCGCAGUUGACGUCUUUGGGCUUGCAGAACAUGCAGUAGGGCUGGGUCUGGGUGCCAACGUUUUAUCGGAGCCAUACAGAUUCUUCAACUUGGAUGUGUUUGAGUACGCGCUGGAUGUCCCCAUGGCCUUGUACGGUGCAAUCCCGCUGGUGACGGCAAUCCAUCAUUUGAAGUCAGGGGAUGCCAUCGCGUCCGGCAAGAAGUACUUCACCUGGCACCCAUCGCACUUCGCGCAACCUGACAAGCUCUUGUCUGCGCUGGAGGCAUCCAAGAGGAAGCUAGUCACAAUUAUCGACCCGCACAUCAAAAAAGACAACGGAUAUGACGUCUAUAACAAGAUGAAGAACCACGACUUCUUCACGAAGACCAAAGACAAGCAGCUCUACGACGGCUGGUGCUGGCCAGGAACGUCUUCGUAUCCUGACUUCUGCAACCCGGAGGCCCGCAGGCUGUGGACCACUUUCUUCAAGAUGGACUACUACCCUCACAACAGGCCGGACCUAUACACGUGGAACGACAUGAAUGAGCCCAGCGUCUUUAAUGGACCAGAGGUGACCAUGCCUCGGGACAAUUUGCACAAAUGUAGCGAAAACGACUACAAGGUGGAGCACCGAGACGUUCACAACGUGUACGGCUUCUAUCAUCACAUGGCAACGGUCGAGGGACAGCUGGUGCGAGCACCCAACGUCCGUCCAUUUGUGCUUACGCGCUCCUUCUUCGCGGGCUCCCACAAACACGGAGCCAUUUGGACGGGUGACAACAUGGCGAAGUGGGAGCAUUUGGCAAUCUCUGUCCCGAUGCUUGUGUCUCUUUGCCUUUGUGGAACCUCCUUUGUUGGGGCAGAUGUCCCCGGUUUCUUCUUCGACCCAGAGCCUGAGCUCUUCCGUAGGUGGCACCAACUGGGCAUUUGGUAUCCCUUCUACCGUGGCCAUGCGCACCUAGAGACCAAGCGGCGAGAACCCUGGAUGCUGGGUGAGGAGAUCACGCAAAAUGUGCGCGAGCAGGUCACUGUGAGAUACCAAAUGCUGCCCACAUGGUACACCUUAUUCGCCGAGUGGGCCUUGUCGGGCAAGCCCAUCCUUCGGCCUCUAUGGUACGAGGAUGCCAAGGAUCCAGAGGCCUUCCGGCACCAGAACACGCACUUCCUGCUAGGUAGCGACGUGCUCGUGCGCGCGAUCACGAAGCCUCGUGAAGAGGCUUUGGAUGUGUAUCUGCCCUCUGGAAGCUGGUUUGAUUUCUGGGAUGCCGAGGCGAAGCCACUGGCGGGUGGUCGGUCAUACUCCAUCAAGGCAGAUCCCGCCCACGUUCCUGUCUACGUCAGGGCUGGGGCAAUUCUUCCCAAAAAGAUGAGGCGUCGCCGGAGCUCCCUGACAAUGGCAUCUGACCCGUACACAAUCAUGGUGUAUGGGAAUCAGGCUGGAGGCCACGUGUACAUGGAUGAUGGCCAGAGUCACGACUUCCAGCAGGGUCAUUUUGUGUACGACAAGCUCAGCUUCGAUGGCCAAGUACUAGCUUCGGAGCCUUCCCAACGCCUGCACGUAGUUGGUUCGGCCAAAGGCGUCGGAGGAGCUACAUCCAAGGGAAGUACGGCAGUGGAGCGACUGGUCUUCGUCGGGCUGCCAUCAAGCCCGGCAAGCGCUUACCUGGAGGGCACGGAUGCGAAAUUCGAGGUGACCUCUUCGCGCAUGCAAAGUGGAGCUUGGGUUGCUACCGUGAAGAAGCCGCACUGCCAACUGGGCGCUCCAUGGAAGUUGCGGCUUACGUUCUAG